CAAAACUUCGAUGUGAAGGCGAAGCAUUCCUCUGAGGAAGCUCUUGAGAAAUGGCGUAAUCUCUGCGGCGUCGUCAAGAACCCUAAACGCCGGUUUCGCUUCACCGCGAAUCUCUCCAAACGCUAUGAAGCGGCUGCGAUGCGCCGCACGAACCAGGAGAAGUUAAGGAUCGCAGUUCUUGUCUCAAAAGCUGCCUUUCAGUUCAUCUCUGGUGUGGCUCCAAGUGAGUACACAGUCCCCGAAGAAGUCAAAGCGGCAGGCUUCGACAUCUGCGCGGACGAGCUAGGCUCAAUAGUCGAAAGCCACGACGUCAAGAAACUCAAGUUCCACGGCGGAGUCGACGGUCUCGCAUGCAAACUCAAAGCAUCUCCCACCGAAGGACUCUCAACAACAGACGCUUCCCACUUAUCCCAACGCCAAGACCUCUUCGGGAUCAACAAGUUCGCAGAGAGCGAGCUCAAAAGCUUCUGGCUGUUCGUAUGGGAAGCUCUCCAAGACAUGACGCUAAUGAUCCUCGGCGUCUGCGCGUUCGUGUCCUUGAUCGUUGGGAUAGCUACAGAAGGAUGGCCUAAAGGCUCCCACGAUGGUCUAGGCAUCGUGGCGAGUAUCCUCUUUGUUGUGUUUGUGACUGCUACUAGUGAUUACCGUCAGAGUUUGCAGUUCAGGGAUUUGGAUAAGGAGAAGAAGAAGAUCACCGUUCAGGUGACUAGGAAUGGGUUUAGACAGAAGAUGUCCAUCUACGAGUUGCUUCCUGGGGACGUUGUUCAUCUGGGGAUUGGUGAUCAGGUUCCAGCUGAUGGUUUGUUCCUGUCUGGAUUCUCUGUGGUGAUAGAUGAGUCUAGCUUGACCGGUGAGAGCGAGCCUGUGAUGGUUAAUGCGGAGAAUCCAUUCCUUUUGUCUGGGACAAAAGUGCAAGACGGGUCUUGUAAGAUGAUGGUGACCACCGUUGGGAUGAGGACUCAGUGGGGGAAGCUGAUGGCGACUUUGACCGAAGGCGGCGACGACGAAACUCCCUUGCAGGUGAA